AUGGCGCUCCUAGAGGCGGUGCUCAUGGAGGCAAACAUGGGGAGCGAGAAGAAGAUCCUCAAGGGGCAUCGCCGCUAUCACCGUCUAGGCGUCCACCCAUCCUCCUCUUCCGAUUAUGGCGCUGUCGACAACGACGAAGAGGAUAGUCUCAAGGUGUGCAACAUUGAGGUGGUAGACUUCGGGCACCAGAUGAGUGCCGCCUGCACGCUGGUGCUCUGCUGCCACAUUGAUCCCAUCCCAUUCACGAUUACGCUGCAGCCGUCGGCCUGCCACUCCUGCCAAUUCUGCAUCUCACAACAUGUCGUCAUCAAGUCACGGAGACCAAGCCCAAGGCUCCAGCGAUGGGCGCCGACAAUGAGGCCGACGAGAAGAGGCAAAGCCGGAGGCGGUCGUGGAGGUCUCGCGAGCAAGAUCGUCUAUCGGCAGUUGUGA